CUUAUUCCCAGUUUGAGUGACCUACAUUCUAUCCUAUUAGCCUAUUAGUACGAUGAGCUACCAGGACUUGAUAACAUGUCCGAUAUGUCUAGAGAACUAUACGAAACCUCGCUAUCUGCCAUGUCUUCAUACGUACUGCGAGGAAUGCCUCACGGACUACAUUUCUACAGCAUAUAACAAAGAGGAAAAUGGAUUUUCGUGCCCGACUUGUCGCAUGCCUAACAAAGUGGAAGUGUCAGAAAACAUUUCACCAAAAAUGGCCGCCGCUGGGUUUCCUAUCAAUCAUAUGAUAAUGACUUUACUUGAUCAGAAGGACAUAGAAAAUAAAGAUGUCAGUUGCAACCCAUGCUCCAAAAGAGGCCGAAAGGAACCUGGCAAAUUUUGGUGUUAUUCCUGUAGUGCAGCGCUAUGCGAGGCUUGUGGAGAGUUCCACACGUCAUUACCAAUCCUUGCUGAUCACAGAAUCGCUCCGUUAGAAGACUCAUCAGAUGUUCCAGUCCUUGCCUCGACUGCGCACGAUGUCUGUGAGAUCCACGCCGGGAAGAAACUAGAAAUGUUCUGCCAAGACCACGAUGUUGCUUGCUGUGCAACAUGCACAAUGGUUAACCAUAGGAAAUGCGAAACAGUCAUAACACUCUUUGAUGCAGCGAAAAGUUUCAAAGAGACAUCAGCUAACACGACUGAAAGCGUUGUUAAAGAAAUACAGUCAUUGAUUGAGCAGUUUGAUGUUAAAAUAGCAGAUUGCUCUAAAGAGUAUGAGACACUAGAAUCAGCUACUGAGAGUCGAACAAAGGAAAUACAAGAAUUUAGUGACAAAAUUAUUAAUCAUGCUGACAAACUGAAAUCGGACUUUGAUCUUAAUCUGGCAGAGGCUAAGUCAAAGAAGAUGAUGGAAAUUCAAAACCGAAAGAAAGAGCUCUCAAACAUGCAAAAUAUGUUGUCAAAUUGUGAAGGCAUAUUAAAUGCUGUUGAUGAAAAGUGCUCAAAAAUUCAGAUGUUGACAAUAAUUCCGAACCUAAUCAAACUUCGUGAUGAAAGCAGUGCCAAACUAGAAGAAAUUGAGCAAAACCCUAUCACUCAGAACAUAGAGGUUGUCGUUGAUCAAAGAAUUGAAGAUUGUGCAAAAGUGGAGUCCCUUGGAAAGUUGAUAGAAAACUGAAUAUAAUGUUGAUAGAAAGCUGAAUAACAUGUAACUAAAAAGUCUUUACAUUUGUUUGAGCAUUGAAAUGUAACAGUUUAAUAAAUUGUGGACAUAAUUA